AGAGCAGAACGAAAACAGUCGCACCCUGUUUGAGUGCAGAAUUUAGCUGCACUUAGUUCCUUGAGUAGCUCAUUGUGGGAUCGGUCACAACUGUUCUCUCUAGAUCUGGGAAGGGUGGAGGCAGAAGUCUUGUCUAUAAAAAUCUGCUCUGCCACAUUCGUUCCCCAUCUGGGCUUUGGUCGGAGCGAUGGAUCCAGCUGGGUUUGGCCAAGACAGGAUCAGGCGAGGAUGGAUCAUGGGGCAUGUUUGCUCCCUCCUGGCCACGGCACUGCUGGCGAUGAGCCUGGUGCAGGGUGCUCCAGCAAGUCAGAAUCAGGCAGUCUCUGGCAAGCAGUUGGUCUCAGGGCGCAUCUUCGGCGGUCAAGAUGCCAAGGCCGGGGCCUGGCCCUGGCAGGUCAGCGUGCAGAUAAACGGCUUCCACAUCUGCGGCGGUUCGCUCAUCUCCGAGAGCUGGGUGGUGUCAGCAGCUCAUUGCUUCGCUCAGUCUGGAGCCAGUGCAUCGUAUCGGGUACAGCUGGGUGAAAACCAGAUUUUCGGUCAGAACCGCCUCCAUGCGUUCGCACUGGUGAAGCGGAUCAUCCUCCAUCCCAGUUAUAACAAUGUCACUCACCAGGCCAACAUCGCCCUGGUGGAGCUGAAGAAUCCGAUUGCAUUCACGGCCGCCAUCAGCCCCGUGGGUCUCCUUGACACCUCCGUCCAUGUGCCUGCUGGGGACGCCUGCUGGGUGACGGGCUGGGGGUACAUUUCCCCACAAACGAAUUCUUCCGUAGCGGAGACGCUGCAGGAGCUGGAGGUGCUCACCGUAAACACCACGAUCUGCAACGAUCACAUCCGGGAAGCAUUAAAAAUGCCUGAGGGCGACAACCCCGUCAAAGAGGACAUGAUGUGUGCCGGGCCCAAAGCAGGCUAUAAAGGCUUUGCUUGGGGUGAUGACGGGGGACCCCUGGUGUGUAAGAAGGACGGGACCUGGUACCUUGCUGGGGUUGCGAGCUGGUUCCUGACGACGACAGUGAAUGGGGUAACCAAAGUUGUCCCCGGUUAUCCUGGGGUCUACAACCGCCUGAAUGCCCACAACGAUUGGAUCAAGGCGAACGUGCCUGGUGUGACUUUCAUUCCAAACAGUGCGACUCCAACUGGGGCUGGUCCCUCUGCCACCAUCCUCAGGGUCCUUCUCCUCACUGUGUUUCUGUGGCUGACCCUGUGACCCCCCCCUUCCUAGAUUGGGUCCCCAUCCUACACCAGCCCUUCCUCGCCCUUGGUGCAGAGAGACCAUGUCACCUGUGACACUAGGCUCCAGUAAUCACACCCUACACACUAUUGUAACAAUCUUUGUGAGGUAUCAUUUGAAAACUAAAAAUUGUCUGGUCUUUCAUAUCCUUGUGUGAUGUAUGUACGCAAGUGGUAUUAAUGGUCACUAAAAUGUGUUCAAACCAGGUGUAGCAGGGGAGUUAUUAAAUAGGUCUAUCUCAAAGAAA